AUUGAUUAUUCCCCAAUAAUAAUAAUAAUAACAAUAUAUAUACCUUAGCUUAGCCAGUGGUAAUGAACCACAUUAAUUUCUUAGUAUGUUCAACUUACAUUUUCUUAACAACCCUUUUAGCAGAAGGGUAUUUAGGCAUCAACUGGGGAAGAGUAGCAACACAGAGGAUGAUCCCAUCCAUGGUGGUUGACAUGCUUUUGCAGAACAGCAUCAAUGAUGUUAAGGUUUUCAGUUUCAGCUCCAAUGUUUUGGAGCCCAUUGGAGGAACCAACAUUAGCUUGGCUGUCACCAUGCCUAAUGAAGAGUUCGAAUUCAUAACUGAUCUUGACAAUGCCAACAAAUGGAUCAAUCUUAAAUUCAUCAAGUAUAAGACAUUUAAUGUCAACUUCAAGUAUCUAUACAUUGGUUUUCAGCCGUUGUCGACGAAAUUCGGCCCGAUAAUAUAUAACACAACUGCAGAUGUGUUGGAAAGGAUGCAGAAAGCUCUUGUUAAAGAGAAACUAGGAAUCACAGCAACAAUGUCUCAUUACACAGACAUUCUGAAUUACGAGACUUUGAAAAAACCAUCCAUGGCUGAAUUCAAGCCUGAUUUGAAAAACAUUUUGUCAAGGAUUUGUAAAACCCUGCAAUCAAGUAACAGCACAUUUGGGAUUGACAUUUUCACUAUCCUGAAUGUCCAGGAACAUUUCAACAAUGUCACCGAAUUCGCCUUUUUCGACAACAAUUCCACCUUCAGGAUCCAAGAUGGUAACCUCACCUACACCAACGCCUUCGAAGCGAUGUAUGAUUCGACGGUUUGGGCGUUGGAGAAGCUAGGAUUCCCUGAUCUACCGGUGUCUGUCGGGGCGACAGGAUGGCCGACGGAUGGAACCGAAGAAUCCACUCCAGAAAAUGCACAGAGAUAUCUCCAGGGAUUGGCUAAUUUCCUGAUGAGCAACAAAGGAACUCCCAAACGCCCUGGAAUCAGUAUUGAUGCAUAUAUACACAAUUUAGCGGAUGAAAACUCCGUUAGAACGCUUUCAGGGAAUUUCACUAGACAUUUUGGCAUUUACAAAUUCGACGGAACACCCAAAUUCAAUCUUGAUUUGCAAGGAAAGCAAAGGCCUGUUAUGCCUGUUUCAGCCAUUGGCAUUACACAUAUGCCUACCAGAUGGUGCAUUUUGGAUGUUUUGAAAAUCGACAGCGACAAAAUCCCAUACGAAACACUGGACAGAUUCUACAAUAGCUCAUGUAAACGCGCGGAUUGUACGCCGAUGUCGCCUGGAGGAUCCUGUGCUUCCCUGAAGUAUCCCCUGAAUUAUUCAUUUGCAUUCAACAUUGCAUUUCAGGCCACAAGUCAGAAAGUACAGGGGAAUAGUUCUUGUGAUUUUGGUGGUUAUGGUGUCAUUGUAGCUGAUGAUCCAUCCACGGGUAAAUGCAUAUUUCCUGUGGAAAUUAUACCGGCUGAAACUAGUAAUUUUUUGGGACAGCGGACUUCUUCUUCUCAACCAGUUGGAAUUAGGCCUUCUUCAUCAUCACUCACUGUCAUUCUUCAGUUUUUGUUCAUCUUAUUGUUCACAUUGGCUCUGUAAAUGUCUGUGUUUAUACAAAAACUGUGUGAAUGAUUUUUCA